AUGGCAAGGGCCAAAGGCCGUGCAGCCAUUGGAGAUCCCUGGGCUUUAAAAUGGAACAACUUAAGAAUGUUGGUGGAUUGUAGUGACAUUCAUCAGACACAUAGCAUAGACAAGGAUGUAGCUCCUAGCCCUUCUACCCAGCAGACAGAUGUUCAGAGAAAGGCACCUGCAUUACCUGAUGAAAAUACAAUGAUGGACUCACUAUUAUGCGAUGACGGUAUCACAUAUUCUACAAACCUUGUCGCAAUGAUGAGAAAGAUCCAAAAAAAAGUUAAUAGAGAAAUUAUUGCUCUAGAAUACCAAGCCCCUCGAACUGAUGCAAUAAAAGAAAGGAAAUAUUACGUCCUCAUAAAGCUGGUGGCCAUAAUCAGGGUACUCCAGGUUGUUCACGAGCGGCCAUACAGAGCAAACGAAAGCUCGUACGCAUUGGAAAGGAUGGAAGCAAGUUUGGCCGCAGCAGAGAUACUGAUUACCAGAUGGGACACAAACAUAACAAUAAAAAUGCUCUUUCAGAGCACCGCUCAAGAAGUCCGUAUGUACAUGGAAACCGUUGACAAUCUCCAACGGCUUAUGGAGCAUUUGUCUGCCGUUGGCACCGAUGCUGCGGGACUCAUCCGUGCACAGCGGCUGAUGAAACUGGCCAUGAUCCGUCUGGAGAAAGAGUUUCACAAACUUCUGUUAUCUCACAGCGAACCCAUCGAUCCGGGUCGGGAGUCAUCGGGUCGGCCGUCCUGCUAUUCGCCCACAGAGGGUAGCCUCACUCGGUCCAUUUGCUCUGACGGCGACGACGAUCUCAGCAGCUUCUCGAGCUCCAAUUGUCUGUCAGUAGACAGACUCCGUGAAUUCGACAUGGUUCCGUUGGACGCCUUGGUGGAUCUGCGGAAAAUAGCGCAGCGCAUGGCGAAGAGUGGGUAUGCGAGUGAAUGCGUCCGAGUCUUCGUUCUUAGCAGAAAGUCCGUGGUCGAAGAAAGUUUAUACAAUCUAGGCGUGGAGAAGGUGACGGUAAAGGAUGUUCGGAAGAUGGAAUGGGAAGUUCUUGAUGAAAAGAUUAAGAAAUGGAUUUACGGUGCCAAAAUCAGCAUCCGAAUUCUGUUUGCCCGAGAAAAACGGCUGUGUGCCGAUGUGUUUGAGGGGCUUGAUAAGAUGAGAGAUGCUUCUUUUGCCGAAAUCGCCAAGGAGAGCACAAGUGAGCUUUUCACCUUGGCAGAAGGAGUGGCAGCCACAAGCCGGGAGCCAGAAAGGAUAUUCAGGGUGCUCGACCUAUUCGAAGCCGUCACUGAUCUCAUGCCGGACAUCGAGGCCACAUAUUGUCAAAACUCUUGCCCAACCGUCUAUGAACAGGCCCACAAGAUCCUGGCCAGGCUGGGUGAGGCGGUGCGGGGAAUGUUGAUAGAAUUUGACAAGGCCAUUCAGAAGGAGAAUUCUAAGGCUCCCAUUGCAGGCGGCACUGUACAUCCUAUCACCAGAUACGUUAUGAAUUAUCUCACAUUCCUCUCUGAUUACAACGGAAGUUUGGUAAGCAUAACUGCAAAUGCUCCUGAGGAGCCACCUAAGACGCUACCGGACGAUUAUGCCGUUCAGAAUCCCUGUGACCCGUUGUCCGCCCACCUCGGAUGGGACAUCUUCCUUCUCCUGUGUAAGCUCGACAAGAAAUCUGAUCGGUACAAAGAUGUGGGUCUGUCGUACCUCUUUCUCAUGAAUAACCUUCACUACAUGGUCCAGAAAGUGAACGGCUCCAAUCUCAAAUAUAUACUGGGGGAGGAUUGGGUAAGAAAACAGUGGAAUAAGGUAAGGCAUUACGCUCUCAAUUAUGAGAGGAGCGCGUGGAUGAAAGUGCUGUCGAGUUUAACAGACGAGGAAGUUCCAGCGAGAGGUGGAAUUUUGUCCGAGCAAGCUCUGAAGGAGAAAUUAAAGGGAUUCAAUUCAGCGAUGGAAAAGGUGAAGAGAAAGCAUAGUGAAUGGGUGGUGCCUGACAUCGGGCUUCGAGAGAAGCUAGGUAUAUCAAUUACUGAGAAGUUGAUACCAGCCUAUAGUUCCUUUCUUAACAGAUUCAGGAGCCGGUUUGAAAGCGAUACGUUGGUCAAAUACACACCUGAGGAGGUGCAAGAUUUUGUGUUAGACAUAUUUAAAGGCAGGCCCUUGUCCGUGAGCUCCACGAGAUCCCGAUGA